UCCGUGCUCUGCUUCCGGAAAGAGCUUUAUAUGUCGUAACCAGAGGCACCCAGAGAAAUCCAGUCCAUGUUAGCGUUCUCAGUUUCGAUCCAUGGCUAUGCUAACACGUGUCCCAUUAGUCUACACCAACCCGAAGGCUACACUAUUUCCACCACCACUGGCAUUUCAUCAAUGUCAUAAAUGUUGUUUCGUACCCAAUUCUAGUUCAAUCCCAUCUCUAUCACUUCACAUCGUUGCCUCUUCCAUUUCCCCGACCUUCUAUAAGGGUUUCAGAAGGCGCCGAUUCGGAGCUCUUUCGGUGGUUGCAAUGGCGGAUUCUGGUCUCAGCACCGUCCUCGUCACCGGAGCUGGUGGCAGAACCGGUCAACUAGUUUACAAGAAAUUGAAGGAGAGGUCAGAUCAGUACAUUGCAAGAGGUUUGGUCAGAACUGAAGAGAGCAAGCAGAGUAUCGGUGCAGCGGAUGAUCUUUUCGUUGGCGACAUAAGGGUUGCAGAUAGCCUUGGUCCUGCAAUUCAAGGCAUCGAUGCACUCAUCAUUCUUACCAGUGCCGUGCCGAAAAUGAAGCCGGGGUUUGAUCCUACCAAAGGUGGCAGGCCUGAGUUUUACUUCGAAGAUGGAGCAUACCCUGAACAGGUUGACUGGAUUGGGCAGAAGAAUCAGAUUGAUGCUGCCAAGGCUGCGGGAGUUAAACAAAUUGUUUUGGUCGGCUCUAUGGGUGGAACUAAUAUCAACCAUCCCUUGAACAGCUUGGGGAAUGGGAACAUAUUGGUUUGGAAAAGGAAGGCUGAGCAGUAUUUGGCUGAUUCCGGUGUUCCAUAUACCAUUAUAAGGGCUGGAGGUCUUCAGGACAAGGAUGGCGGGAUCCGAGAACUGUUAGUCGGGAAGGACGAUGAACUUCUUCAAACAGAGACGAGAACCAUUGCCAGGGCGGACGUUGCAGAAGUCUGCCUUCAGGCACUGCAAUUUGAGGAGGCCAAAUUCAAGGCCUUUGAUCUAGCCUCAAAGCCUGAGGGAGUAGGCACGCCAACCAAGGAUUUCAAGGCCUUGUUCUCUCAAGUGACUACGAGUUUCUGAUUGGGUAGUGUUUGUGCCUGAACUUAAUCGUCUGUUAAAGCCUAUUAGAGAUUUUAUAAUUCAUUAAAUGUAUUAGAGAUUUUUUAAAAGGAUAUUUAGAACCGAAAGUUAAAAUUGCAACACUUAUCUAA